CUGUGCAGUCGCGUCGCUCGUUGAUGACGUUGCAGAGAGCGGAGGUUCGGGUUUGCCACGUCGGUCUCUGUGAAACGCAUUUUAUACUGUUGCUUCCGAAGCCCGCGGCUAACUUUUAAAGCCGUUUAGUGCGUGUUUAACCCGGAGAGAAAGCUCCCGUUCCGCAUCACCGGUGCCGACGUAACUCGUCGCCUCACCAGCGCAGCCGGGAACAUUGAAGCUGGGAAGGGGAGAGAAAAUGCUCGCCGCGGUCUGGACUCGUCCGCCUGGAAGCCACACAACUGACUGAUGCAUCCUCGUUCACUUCACCCCGCCGUGUGUUGUUGGCCUUGUUGUACAUGGUGGCACGUUAAGGAGAAGGGGAGGAGUCCCGGCAGCAGUUGGUCGCCCGGCGGCAUCCGUGGUUGCCGCGGUAACUGGCGAACAUGCCAGGAGGUCGCAGGGGCCCCAGCAGACAGCAGCUAAGUCGCUCUGCUCUGCCGUCCCUGCAGACUCUGGUUGGAGGCAACGUGGGCAAUGGAACAGGCCUCAGGAACAGGAGCAGUAACGUGGUGGGUCUGUCCGCGCCCCCUCUCUCGUCCCUCAUCACUCCGGAGCCGGUGCGUCACUCGAGGAUCCCAAAGCUCCCGUUGGACAGCGGCCUGCUGUUUGAAUUCCUGCUCUUCCUGUAUUUGCUCGUGGCCUUGUUUGUCCAGUACAUGAACAUCUACAGGACGGUGUGGUGGUAUCCGUACAGCCACCCCGCUGCCUCCACCUCGCUGAACUUUCAUCUAAUGGACUACCACCUGGCUACCUUCAUCACUGUCAUGUUGGCCAGGAGGCUCGUUUGGACCAUUGUUUCAGAGGUGUCCCAAAGCGGUGGCGGCGGGUCGCUGCUCCGCUACGUGGUUCUGAUCGCUGCUCGGCUCAGCUUGCUGACCAUGUGCGGCUGGGUUCUCUGCUGGACACUGGUCAACCUCUGCAAGAACCACUCCGUGCUCAACCUCCUCUUCCUGGGAUACCCGUUCGGUGUGUACGUCCCGCUAUGCUGUUUCCAUCAGGAGGGAGGGAAAAGCCAACCGGCGGCGGCCGACGGCGAUUACGCCGUCGACCAGCAGCAGUCCGACCUCGCGGAGAGCCCCUUCUUUCGACCGCGUGACUUUCUCUUCCUGCUGCGAGAGAACCUCAGAGAGCAGUUUUCCAGCCCGCCGCACAUGCCAACGCACACCUGCCCGCCGCACACACACUCGCACGCGCCGGAGUUGAUCCGAGCAGAGGUGGAGGAGCUGAAGAGCGACUUCAACCGGCGAAUAAAGGAGGUGCUGUUCAACUCGUUAUUCAGCGCCUACUACGUGGCCUUCCUGCCGCUCUGCUUCGUUAAGAGCACCCAGUACUAUGAUAUGCGCUGGUCAUGUGAGCAUCUGAUCAUGGUGUGGAUCAAUGCGUUCGUCAUGCUGAUGAGUCAGCUGCUGCCCCCGAGCUACUGCGACCUGCUCCAUCGCUCGGCUGCCCACCUGGGCCGCUGGCAGAAACUGGAGCACGGCUCGUACAGCAACGCACCUCAGCAUGUGUGGUCAGAAAGUACCGUAUGGCCUCAGGGGGUGCUGGUGCGACACAGUCGAUCUCUGUAUAAAGCCAUCGGACCGUAUAAUGUCGCUCUGCCCUCUGAUGUUUCCCACGCAAGGUUUUAUUUCCUGUUCCACAAGCCAUUGCGGAUCCUGAACCUGCUGAUCUGGAUCGAGUCCAGCGUGGUUUUGUACCAGUUGUACUCUCUGCUGCGCUCUGAGCGCUGGAAUCACACUUUGUCUCUGGGCCUUAUCCUCUUCUGCAACUAUUAUGUCCUUUUUAAACUGCUCCGAGACCGCAUUGUGCUGGGCAAAGCCUACUCCUACCCUCUGUCAUCCGGCAGUCUGGGGCUCAAGUCGCAGUAAAGGCUCUGCACGGCGAGACCUCAACCACGAACUCGGGACGCAGAGGAGACGGCGGUCUGCUGAAAGGUUGACUAGUGCUGCCUCCUGGAGGACAAGGGACGGACUGUGAACUCGCAAUCGUGUUUUGAUACGGUUCUAUUUUUAUUGCAAUGUUUAUAUAUACCUAUUUAAAGAAUAUUUUUAUUUUGUAUACGAUUUUCGAGUUACGCCGGGCAUUAUCACACUGAGGACAUGAGCUUGUUGUUGCCAGGCGACAGGGAAGUCAGGGAAUGCGAAGAGGUGACUCUCACCAAAGAUAUUUUAGGUGCAGGUGGCCAAUCACAGAAGGGACUUGGCCUCUGAGAGUAAACUUGGGUUCAGUGGAGAUGUGCCUGAGAUCAUGGAUGCCGGUUGGGCUUCGCCCCCGAGGCUUUUCUAAGACCACUAACAACUGGUGCAGCUUUUUGGGGUGGCAGGCCUGCGCAUCUUAAGCGCGUUUUCACUGGGGACUUUCAAAGCAGAAGUUUGACAUUUUGGGAAAUAAGCUUAUUGGCUCUCAUGGGAGAGAAAUACGAGGCCACAGCAGAGGGGCUUAAUGUCUGCACAAAGAUUAGGAGUGACGAGCGUGCUGUUUUUGUCAAAUGGCAAAACAUCUGCCUACCAGCCACUCUAAAACGACAAAUUGAUGUUACUCUUGGAUUUUUGUUUGAAUUUAGUGUUUGAGUUGUUCUCCCCGAGUCACUUUUAUUGCUGUGUUUCUGCUCUGUAACUUGCUUGUUUCACAUGUGUUGGCUAUCCGGAGGGUAGUUGAAGCAGCAGGUUGUACAAACUUGCACCCGGGUCUCGACUAGUGAGAGGGGACUGAGAUACUAGUGGCAUCAACAGUGUCUUCUAACAUCUGAGGACUGGGACAGGGACGCAUUACUUGGGGCAGUAUUGAAGAUUGCGGUCAGAUGACUGUUCAGCAUCCACGUGGCAAUCAAUAGAAAAAAAGAGCGAUAUUACCGGUUGUGAAUUGCAGGCUUUUAGUCAAGUUUCAAGUUGACUGAGGAGGGGGGGAAAAUCAUUUGAGAUGUCAAUGUGUGAACAUCUGGGUCAUCGCUGCUCUUCUGCUUAUCAGAAGAAGUGUGAGGAUUCUCUUGAUUAGACAUGAGGGUCAUUCAUACGCACAUUCUGCUUUGUCUGCAAACUCUGCCCCUUAAAUCAGCUCUGGUACUUCUCUUGUUUCUGAUCAUUUUCCAAAUGAAUGUAGCAAAUUGUUUAACUGAAUGUUGCUGUUCACCUGAACUGGCAUGUGUUUUUUUUUUUUUUUUUUUUUUAAGUUGAUAGCGUGGAGUCGGCACCAUCACAGGUUUUUAUUUUUUAUUUGUUGUGGAGGUACUUUUAUGUCACCUUGAAUUCACCAUUAUCACGAUGACACCAAAAGAUGAUAUUUUGUGUUCACUUAUAAGCCUGCUUUAAUAUCAGGUCUUACUUGAUUGUUGAGACGCAUUCAACCUGCCUUCUCUGUUGUGGUAAAACCCAAAUGUUCACAGCUGGCAAAGAGGAAAAAGAUUUGAGAAGCUUUGAGGUUCAUCUUUUGAGCACUUUGCCCCUCUAGCGUACAGGUGUUAAUUAAAAUGGAUUCUGAUGUCUGUGUUUUGAAAUUGGGUCACAAACUGUCUUAUUUUAUAUGUGCCAUAUCCCAGGAUGCAUCUUCAGACUUAGGGUUUGACCUGUUGAAUGUGUCAUUGCUGGAGAAGUCGUCAAAGCUGGUCCUCAUAUUUCAGCUUUUACACGGUUCAGUUUACCCACAGCAUUUAUAAACAUACCCUUUGUCAUCCAGAAUAAAACAAAUGGUGUUCAAACAGUUUGUUUGUGUAAUAUGUUGUCUGAGCAGACAAAUGGUGAAUCUGUGACAUAAGUUUCAUAAUUUAUUGUAUAGAUUUCAUUAAAUUUUUGUUCGAUUUCAGUAAAAAGCGCUCGGGAAGACCCGCUAUGCCAAAUGCUCGACACCUGUAGUGUUUUUUCUUUUCCACCAGAUGGAGCUAAGCACCAAAGCACAACACUCACAAAACGUGCUGUAACCUGCUGU